UAUCCUCUGUGGCAUUACGGAAACAUUUCAACAAUAACUGCUUAUUGUAAUUUAUGGCCUUGACUAAUAAAAGGCGAAAGUGAAGAAGCUACGUAUAGGAAACCACUAUCAUAUAAAUAGCUGAUAGAUGGACUCGGCUAUAAAUUGUAAAGCAUAUCGAAUUCCAGAAGGCUAGAAGAUGGAUGGCCGGAAUGUAUUCGCUUUCUUCUUGUUUCUAAUUGCGAUGUCCAUGUGUACUGCUGAAGGCGAUCCUCAACGAGAUGAUCAUGGGUCACGUCGCCCGCCUCAACCAUUUACAACUACUCAAUCUCAGCCUACGAUUCAAGUCCUUGGAAUUCCCAUAGUGUCGGCUCUCAACCUUGCUGGCGGAAUAGUUGGAGGUGUUCUAUCUGCCACUAGACUGACGGAACCAUCGUUUGCCCCAUUUUCUUGCAUCGGUCGAAUACCUGGAUACUACGCUGAUGUCACCACAAACUGCAAGAACUACUAUACUUGCACACCUCGUGGACGUCAAUACUAUUACCGUUGCGGGGAACACACUAUUUUUAAUCAACUAUAUUUAACAUGUGAUCAUAGACGCAACUACGACUGCCGGCGAGCUCUUCAAGACUACAGUGUCAACGAGCAAUAUCGUCCCUUUCGUACUCGCGGUCAACACGGGCUAGACGAACGAAUUCGGACAUAAUAAUACUUUGUAAACAAGCACGUUGAGUUAGUGAGAUCCUGCUUCAUAUUUAACCUAAAAAAAGAUUCAUUAACAACACGCGUUACCUGUCAUUGUCUGAGGCCUCAAAUAAAAAGGUCUGCUUGAAUUGUUCGAGUCCUAGAAAUCCGUUUAAACCAAUUUUGCAACCGGCAAUAUGGCAGGCGAAUUCAAGCCCUUUUUUCCAGUCCCACAGGUUAAUUUGGCUAUAGAUGAAUGCAGCGUUGAAUGUAUCCCCAGCUCCAAGGGUAUCGAUGAUACGACAAGGUGCAGAAGCACUUUGACACUUCACCACAUCUGUCCCAUCAACAUUUUGUCCUGCAGCCGCUCCUUCUGACC